AUGAGUUUAAUGCCGGGAGAUAUGAGUGAGGUGGCAGAGAUCCCUGACACCCUGAAUAUUCGUUACAUUCUUCGCGGAACCCGCCUCCUCACACUUCUGGUGAAUCUCAAAUCCAAAGCUGUUGGUUAUCUCGUGGCGCAGGCCCGUUCUGCUCGCAUUGAAGAUAUGCCGUUAUUGUUAGAUCUCACCGUUGGAAUUUUCGGUGGUGCGGCAGAAGCCAAUUUGGAAGCAGCGGCGUUGGUGAAAUCAUUAAUAUCUGUUGGUCCUAAUACCAGUUGGGUGGUGGAUGAUACUAUUCUAAAGAUUAUUAUUGAUCUUUCUCCUGGUCCAGAUAGUAGUAACAAGAAUGCCAUUGGUGAUAAAACGACAAUAGCCUCUAUUAGAGCAAAUAGUAAAAUUGGUGAAUCUAAAUUCCGUGUUACCAUGCGGCUCUUUUGUGAGGGUGGAGUUAAAUGGCCACUUAUGCUUUCCCCACGAAGUGGGACGGAAUGUACAGAUGAGGCUUCUUCUCAGGGUCUGGUUGCACGGGCAUUAGAGUUUACCCCAUCUGCUUCUAUUCCACGUGCAGGUUAUUCACCAUAUGUUCAUAAUGAAUUGUAUGAACUCAGUGAAUCUAUUACGUUAGAUUUAGCUAUGCUUCCCAUUGCGAGAUUGCGUAUAAACAUGGAUGGAAAGGAUGGAAGACUGGUACGGUAUACGGGAGAUAUAUUCUCAGGUGUUGGAAUUAGUUUAAGUGUAGAGUUUCAGAGUAAAGGUGUAUCCCCCUUAGCUGGUAAUCGGGCUCCAAUGAGUAGAAAACGUUUGAAUACUUUUAUACGUGAAGAACGUGGUCCAGCUGGGGAGCCAAUACUUAUCAUUGAGUUUGAUACCACAAAAGAUUUUGGGGAAUCUACAGUAAAAAGACGUGUCAUUAGUGAUGCUACACGUGUUAUUGUAAACAAACGCUUUAAAGUAAAUUUUGCCGCUACUGGACCACCGAAUGAACUUCCCAGUUUUGCAGAUAUGUAUAGAACUAUCUGUAAGUUUCUAGAUCCAAUGCCAAAUCCAUUGUUAACGUUAAAUAUGCCGGAUGUACGGAUGUUUGUAGCGAAGGAGUACCCGCGAUUUGGAAUGACUCGCGAAAUAAAGAAUCUUGUCUGGGAGGCCGUACGAUUGUAUGUAGUGAAUGAUUACAUGCCUCAAUCGGUGGUUGAUGUGUCGGUAUCACCUUCACCUCUUCGAGUAUCGUAG